ACGUUCGCUCCCGCUAUCCAACCGUUAAGAUCCGCGAGGAGUUUACAUCUCCUUUUGUUACAUAUCAUCCGUCAACGUAGUUUUUCUGCUUGAUUAGUCGUCUGGGACGGACACUCUUAGGCAACGAUCACCCUUCCCCGCGUUUCAUUUCUGCCAUGAACUCGACAUCGGGGGCGCAGCUUGCGACGGAUACUGUGCCAACCAUGCAGUAUUCCGUCGUGGCUCAGUCCUUUGUCGCUCUUUUCUGCGUGUAUCAUUUACUUGCACCCCACUUUACGACCUCUAAACAGCUAUCAUGGAUCAUCACGACCAUCGUUAGCUGUAUCAUGACCUUCACCAGUCUCCCGUUUCUCUGGAAAUUUGUCACGAACUACAGUGUGAAAAACGUCACACACAUUCCGUAUCUGGCGGUCCCUGCCAAUAGGUUUUUCCAGGCGUAUCUAGCGUGCGAUCUGAUGACCGGAACAAUCUAUUAUCGUUCCCAAAUAUCAAUCGUGACUGGCUGGUUCCACCAUAUAUUAUAUAUUAUGAUUGUAGAGAUUGCCAUCAGGCGAUCGUUCGCUCAUGUGUUUUGCCUCUGUUGUAUCAUGGAGUUUCCUACUUUUAUUCUCGGGUUGGGAUCCUUGUAUCCAUCCUUACGUUCCAACGUCUUCUUUGCUCUAUCAUUUUUCGCCACCAGGAUCGUACUCCAUCUAAUGCUAUGUAUCUCCUAUUAUCUUCCCAACAACCGCCUCUACGCCACCAAUGGUUCCUUCAUUCCUGCUAUCCUUCUUACCCUCGUGUUUCCCCUGCACGCCAUGUGGUUCCACGCUUGCAUCAAAGGCUUCGCUCGCCGAGGAGCUAAGGCCCGAAGCGGUGUUGCUUUGCCUCCGUCCACUGAGGGCACUGCUCAUCUUCCGCCUGUCAUCACGAUCGAACACGACUAUCAUUACAAGCACGUCUCCGACUCAACUUCUCUGCGUUCCCGGCUGAUCCCGCAUGCUAUUCGGCGGCCUUACAAUUACUACCGUUGGCGGUUGUCUCAAAGGAGGCAAGCUGUAAGGCAGUAUUGGCAGACUCGUACACGCGGAGUUUACGAAUUGCUCCCUGAGAGAGACAGGGUUUUUGAAUACGUUGGACUUGGACGAGGGUCGGCCACUCGUGCUGCUGCGUAAACACCGCGUUGUGUUGGGUUACUAAGUAUGAAUGUCACUUACAUUUUCCUUACAUUACUGCAGUGACACACCAGACUUCGAGCGCUUCGAGCGGGCUGAAAAAUGUUCCUACGAUCGACUGCCGCGGACCUUCCGCAUUGCCGUAGGCACUUUCUCUCCGGCACCAUUCAUACAUCUAAAGGAAAACAUUCGUGCUAUGGUAUAACCUCGGAAACACUCACGCUACUUAAUUCAUUGCACUGAAC